AUGGAUCUCUCUAUCCCGCCGAUAGUGCGCGGUGAGUUCAUAUAUCGAGAUGUGCUUCUAGUCGAUGCCGGUGGAGAUGGUAAGAGACAUCCGUGCGCUGCCGAAAGCGAGAUCAAAGCCAUACUCUCAGGCAAGGCAAAGGACAUGGUGGGCCAUUGGUGGGAAGCGCAGCUCAUCCACUACGGACUCAACCGCUCGAAGGUAAAGGACACUUGCAAGGUCCGCCUCCAGCAGGCCAUUGGCCAGGGCAAGCUCAAGCAACAGCCGCCGCAUCUGUCUGAUAUGGAGGGUCAGAUGAAACGGGAAUUUGCUGCCGCUGUUCGCAAAGCGAAAAACCAAACUAAGUCGCAGGGAAGCACUGUACAAGGCAAAAAGCGCGCAAGGGAAGACGACAAUCCGUCGUCAAGUUCUAAGAAGACCAAGAUUUCGGUCAAGGUGAAUGGAGUCGAAAUCGAAAUCGAUCAGUCGUCUUCAAACAAUCAACCGACAACAAAAACAGCACGGCCAAACAAAAGUGACAAGUUGGCUGCCACCAAAGCAGAUGUAGGAAAAAAGCCCUCCGCUGCGAAAACGAGCAAGGAAUCAACUCCAGCAAAAGCUGCUCCCGCGAAGUCCGCCAAGAAGAACACGUCAACCCCCAAAGCGACAUUAGCUUCCCAAAAGACCCAAGCCGUAGGAUCAGGUACCGCCGAAACAACUUCAUCCGCUUCUUACGCGCAUCACCCAGACAAUGUAUUCCAGACGCCAAAAUCCCAAACGGCUAAAGCAACUAUCAAACGAGAGCCAAAGGUCAAGUCCGAGCCUGGCACUUCCGCCAGCCGCCCCUCUGCUGUCAAGAAAGAGCCAAAGAUCAAAACCGAACCAGGUAUCAAUCGUGCCUCGCCUAUCAAGCAUGAAGGCUAUCUCUUCGAUCCAGAUGCAAUGGACACCAGAGCCGACAUGUCUGAGAGGCAAGUCAGCGUCACAGGCGUUUACAAUCUCUCAUGCGAGCAGAUUACUGAUCAGCUGCCACGCGCCAUUGACACGCUUCGUCUGUUCAUAUGUGUGGAUCACGAGACUGGAACUACUUGGGGUGCAUUCGAGCUUGCCAUGAAAUCAGGCGUCAUCAAGAUUGAUGAUAUUGGCGUGGAGCGAAAAUUGUCGUUCGGCUGGCGCUCCCGGGAUAGUGAGACUGGGAGGCUGCAAUUCGGCAAGGGCUGUUUCGGAGACAUUGCGUUCUAUGGUGAUGAACAGGUGCGUGGAUGCUUCUACAACCUCUUCCCGAUGUUUGGUAUGUCGGGAGUGUCAGCACCUGCGGAGUUUGUGGGCGAGCGGAGGCCUGGCCCAUUGUGGUGCGGGAGGAGUGCGCCGAGUUUCAGAGAGGAAUGGGACGGAUUUGUGAAUGAGGCAUAUGGACGCUGA